AUGGAUAAGUAUAUCGCGAGAUGGAAAAUUGGGCAACCAAGUUCUAGUUCUACUCAUCCAUCUGUUGCUUCAUCCGUAGCUCCAGAAAUUCAAAGGGAAAUCAUGGCUCCGAAAAUUCGAAGGGAAACAUUUCCUUCGGGUGCUAAUUUAGAAUCUCUUGAAGCUGAUCCAGGAAUUAGAAAGCCUAUUGUAGAAUAUAACCCUAAUAUACAUGAUGAAGUUAGGAGAUAUUAUAUUAAAAAAGGGCCUUGCCAACCUGAGGUUCAUGAUUUUCCUAAAACUAAGUUUGGGAAGGAAAUGCGCCAGUUUAAUCCUAAUUGGUAUAAGGGUCGUCGUAAGUGGUUGGAGUACAGUAUAACAAAAGAUGUUGCAUAUUGUUUGUGUUGCUAUUUGUUCCAAAAUGAACAUGAAAGUAACAAAAAUACGAGUGAAACUUAUACAAAAGUUGGCUUUAAAGCUUGGAACAAGGCUCUUGAAAGAUUUAGAGCUCAUGUUGGUGAGGUAAAUAGCAUCCACAACAAGUGUUUUAACAGGAUGCUUGAUUUAAUGAAUCAAUCACAGUCAAUUCAAACUGCCUAUGACAAGAAACUCGAAAAAGACAAAAGUGAAUUGCGACGUUGCUUGAGUGCUCAGUCGAUGUGA